CUUCUUCCUUACAAAAAGGGAAGAAUAUUCUAUCGUUUCAACUUUCAAUUUUAUCGAUUGUCCUCGAAAGUACGGGAAGAAUAUUCUAUCAGCAUCGAUAUUAACAUCAGAGUUCGAGUUUCUCUUCCGAAGGGAAAAUCAUUUCCUGCGGAGAAAGAACUGUCUUUGGGCCGAAACGGAUUGAACUGUGGGCCUCUCCUUUUGGGCCCAAAAUUAGACAACAAUCACAAAGCAUAAUCAGAAAUUAGGUUCGUAAUCACUAAUUAGUUGAAUAAAUACCCGAUGCUUAGGGUUUCAUUCCAAACCAAGACAAUACUGAGAUUUAUGUCAAACAAAACAUCGAACAAUGUCACCGCCGCCGCUCAACCGGCGGCGACGCUAACCCUAACCCCGUCCAGCACAAAACUCCCCGCCGACAUCGUGAUCGAAAUCUUCAGGAAGCUCCCCGCCGCCGCCACCCUUGGCCGGCUCCGCUGCGUGUGUAAAUCAUGGCGCGCUCGUCUCUCCGACCCGGCUUUCCUCCGCCGGAUCCUCGUCACAGACGGCGAUCGCGAUGGCAGCCGUCAGAUCAUGAUCUUCCGUCUGACCGGCGAUCAAAAGCCGCUCUUCUCUCCCUGCUCGUACGACACUCUCCUCCCCUUAUCCGCCGAUCCACCGCAACCGGUCCUCCUGAUCUCCACCGGCGGCGAAGACAUGCGCUACAAUAAAUGUCACGUUGUGGGAUACGACAACGGCAUCUUUUGUUUGGGCGACGGGAUAGACGAUCCCGGCGGUAAGAACAUCUUAACCAUCACGAUUUUAGGUCAAAUAGUUUGAGGGGACUAGAUAGUGUGACAACACCCCUUGUGUUGUUAUUGUAACAACACUAGCCUCCAACUAAUAGGAAUCUAGGAUUGUGAUGACUUUUUAUUAUAUGAGUUGACCUAGUGUAAAAUCAAAGCAGGGGUAUAAUUGUCAUUAUGAAAAAUAUGUUUAAAUAAUAAUAAAAAAUAAAAAAAAUAAAAAAAAUAAAAAAAAAUAAAAAAAAUAAAAAAUAUUUUUUUUAUUUUCUGUCCAAAUUUUUGGCCGCCGGAAUCUGGUCGCCGGUCACCGGAAUAUGCUUUUUUGUCGUCGGAAUAUGCUUUUUUGUCGUCGGAAUAUGCUCACCGUCGCCGGAAUAUGCUUACCGGCAUCGGAAUCUAGUCAUCGGGGCCGGAAUAUGCUUAUCGGCGCCGGAAUCCGGUCACUGACGGUCAUCGGAGUUUGGUCAACGAACUUCGUUGACCGGUCAACGGUCUUCGUUGACCGGUCAAUGGCCAACGACCGCCGGAUGUUAUGGUCUGCAUUGUGAGAUUUAUGGUUUGGUUUCUCAUAUUUUUGUAUGUCUUUUGUGGUUUGCUUUAUAGUGUUUGUGGUUUGCAUUAAGAAGUUUCUGGUUUGCUUUAUCGUGUUUGUGGUUUGCAUUGAGAAGUUUCUGGUUUGCUUUCAAAAAUUUUGUGGUUUACAUUAAGAGGUUUCUGGUUUGUUUUAAUAUAUUUGUGGUCUGCAUUAUGACGUUUCUGGUUUGCUUUUUUGUAGUUUGUUUUACCGUGUUUGUGGUUUGCAUGAGGAGGUUUCUGGUGUGCUUUCGCAAAUGUUGUGGUUUGCUUUGUGAGGUUUGUGGUUUGUUUUAGGAGAUUUGUGGUAUGCAUUAGGAGGUUUCUAGUUUGCUUUUUGUGGUCUUUUUAUCACUAGUGUGGUCUGCAUUAGGAUGUUUCUAUUGUACUUAUGAAAGACUUGUGGUUUGCUUUACUGUGUUUGUGAUUUGCAUUAGGAGAUUUCUGGUGUGUUUUCGCAAAUGUUGUGGUUUGCUUUGUAAGGUUUGUGGUUUCUUUUAGGGAAUUUGUGGUAUGCAUUAAGAGGUUUCUGGUUUGCUUUUUUGUGGUUUUUUUAUCACGUUUGUGGUCUGCAUUAGGAGGUUUCUGGCGUGUUUAUUAAAGACUAGCGAUAUGCAUACCAAUAACUCCUAAAUGCAUACGAUAAACACGAUCUGCAUACCAAUAACUCCUAAAUGCAUAGGAUAAACACAAUAAUACACU